CCUGAACGUCCCCUCUUGAUGACGUAUGCGCAUCCUUGUCCAAUAAAAAGAACCGCCUGUCCAUGUAGCUACCGGGAAAUGCUAAGCUAACUAAACGAUAGGGAGAAAGAUUGUGUUCAAGAUCGUUAAAUCACUGCGAGGUCCAAAAUGACAUACAGGAGAGACCGGAACAUACGAGAGGUGUACGAUGAACGCUUUUUAACAGAGAGACCGGGUGCGUACCCACGUGCUGCCGGGGCGAUGGAGCGGAGGGUUCCCUUUGGCAGGCCGGAGGAAGAUUAUGGCCGCGGCGGGUACGAAUACGAAGCGGGACCACGCUACUUCCCGAACGGAGGAGGUCCACGAAAUUAUCAUGAAGAACAGAGGGGCUACCAUGCUGACAACAUCCAUUUCCCUGCAGAGCGAAGAGCUGUUCCCCCUUCAAGGAGGGAGGACUAUCCUUACAGAGUACCCAGGGAAGAGCCCCUCCCAGGACGGCCUCUGGAGUUUGGCGCCCGUCCACCUCAACCUCACAGCGCACGAAACCAAGGAAUCUACCCGGCGCCCCGAUCGCUGCCAGAGAGCGGGGAGGACACGCUGGUGCAGGCCAUCCUCAACCUGGACAGAGGGGAGGAGAGAGACCACUUCAGGAGGAAGACUGCGCCGUUCCCCCCCCUCAGAGACCGCUCCCCGUUGCGUCGGGAGGUGGCCCGCUCCCCCCACAGUCGCUCCGGCUCCAGCGUCAGCAGCAGAGGUUACUCACCGGACAGAGCCAAGAGCCUGCCGUUUCCCUCACAGCAAGGCAAGAGUGUGGACGGUCCAGAGGGUCAUGCAGGUGUAGCUGAGCACCUCUGGGGGGCGCUCUACCCUCAACAGAUUGGACAUGAAACUUUGGAUAAAAUCCCCGGCCUGUCGAGAGAAGGCUCCCCACACAGCGCAAUCUCAAUCAAGGAGGACAACCACGCCCCAGAAAAAGACAGAGAGGAGCCGCUGGUGACUCCGGUUCAGGAGGAGAACCAAAUGUUGGCGACAGGAAACUUCCAGGAGCGACGAGCGCUGGCCAUCUCAGGAAAAGCUCAGGAGAUAGAGAAGGUGUACCGGCAGGACUGCGAGACAUUCGGCAUGGUGGUGAAGAUGCUGGUGGCUAAAGACCCCAACCUGGAGAAGCAGCUGCAGGUUCCCCUGAGGGAGAACCUCGGGGAGAUCCGCGAGCGGUGCCUGGAGGACUUCAAACACUUCAUCAACGAGCUGGACGAGGUGGUCCGGCAGCCAGAACCCUCCAUGUGCGACUCCACCACCCCGUCAACGGGUCAUAAACUCAUAAAGACAGGAGCCAAUCACAGCUCGACUUACUGACACAUCGGGCCAUCUGCUCCGUGAGAGAAUGAACACGACGGUUACUCGGAUAUUUUUUGGAUUGUUGGAUCUGUUGGAACAAUUCCGACAGCAGCUUCCACUCGAACAUGGGACAGCUUGCAUGAGUGGAGUAACAGUGUUAACUUUUGAACUGACCCUUUUUUUUUACUAUCAAGGUCCGUGUUGAAAGAUCUAAAAUAUUAUCGGAAAAAUGUGUGGUUAUUUAAAAGUCGCAGUGGAAAUGGUGAACGUCGGUUUUAUUAUUUGAGAAAAUAUGUUGUUGGGGAAUACAAAGACUUGGUGUAGCAGUGAGAUGAACGACUCGGUGCUGCUUAAUUUACAUUAUUGUAUACAUUUGUACUGUCUAGAGAAAUGCCAGUUUGGUUUGGCUUGAUUAUGUCGUCUCAUUUCAACUUUUUAUAUUCUCUCUUUCCCAGAAAAACCUGCACAAGGCUUUGUUUGGAUGAUGUUGAGACAAGCAUUUGCACAAACUGAGGUUUCUCUGCAGAUUUCAGUAAACAUGAUUCCUGUUGA